AUGGAGAGGCAGAAACGGAAGGCGGACAUCGAGAAGGGGCUGCAGUUCAUUCAGUCGACACUACCCCUGAAGCAAGAAGAAUAUGAGGCCUUUCUACUCAAGCUGGUGCAGAACCUGUUUGCCGAGGGCAAUGACCUGUUCCGAGAAAAAGACUACAAGCAGGCCCUGGUGCAGUACAUGGAGGGGCUGAACGUGGCCGACUAUGCCGCCUCUGACCAGGUGGCCCUGCCCCGCGAGCUGCUGUGCAGGCUGCAUGUCAACAGGGCUGCCUGCUACUUCACCAUGGGCCUGUACGAGAAGGCGCUGGCGGACAGCGAGAAGGCUCUGGGCCUGGACGGGGAGAACAUCCGGGCCCUGUUCCGCAAGGCGCGUGCCCUCAGUGAGCUGGGCCGCCACAAGGAGGCGUACGAGUGCAGCAGCCGGUGCUCCCUGGCCCUGCCCCACGAACUGGAAACCUUUUCUCUGCUCAGUAAUGGCACGGUGGCUGGCAUGGCUGAUCAGGGAACUUCCAAUGGAUUGGGGUCCAUCGAUGAUAUCGAAACAGACUGCUAUGUGGACCCGCGAGGCUCCCCGGCCCCCCUGCCCUCCACCCCCACGAUGCCCCUGUUCCCCCACGUUCUGGACCUGCUGGCCCCCCUGGAUGGCGGCAGGGUCCUCCCCAGCACCGAGAGCCUGGACGACUUCUCCGACGGGGACGUCUUUGGUCCGGAGCUGGACACCCUCCUGGACUCGCUGUCUCUGGUCCAGGGAGGCCUGCCUGGUGGCGGCCUGCCCAGUGAGUUGCCCCAGCUGAUACCCGUGUUUCCCGGUGGAACCCCGCUGCUGCCGCCCGUGGUGGGCGGCUCCGUCCCUGUCUCCAGCCCGCUGCCCCCUGCCUCUUUUGGCCUCGUCAUGGACUCCUCCAAGAAGCUGGCUGCCUCCAUGCUGGAUGCCCUCGACGCCCCAGGCUCUGCCCUGGACUCCCUGGACCUGCUGCCGUACUCCGAGACACGGCUGGACGUGCUCGACAGCUUCGGGUCCACUCGCAGCUCGUUGGACAAGCCCGACUCCUUCUCCAUGGAGGAGACCACUGCGCAGGACCAUUGUCCUCCAAGCAGCACUCAGAAGCCAGCCCCCUCGCCAGAGCCCUCCAUGCCCAACACUGCCUUGCUCAUCAAGAACCCCUUGGCUGCCACUCACGAGUUCAAGCAGGCCUGCCAGCUCUGCUACCCCAAGACAGGCCCCAGGGCAGGUGACUACACCCACCGUGAGGGCCUGGAACACAAGUGUAAGCGGGACAUCCUGCUCGGCCGGCUCCGGAGUGCCGAGGACCAGACUUGGAAACGCAUCCGGCCCCGGCCCACCAAGACCAGCUUCGUGGGCUCCUACUACCUGUGCAAAGACAUGAUUAACAAGCAGGACUGUAAGUACGGGGAUAACUGCACCUUCGCCUACCAUCAGGAGGAGAUCGACGUGUGGACCGAGGAGCGGAAGGGCACCCUCAACCGGGACCUGCUCUUCGACCCGCUGGGGGGCGUCCGGCGCGGCAGCCUCACCAUCGCCAAGCUCCUCAAGGAGCACCAGGGCAUCUUCACCUUCCUCUGCGAGAUCUGCUUUGACAGUAAACCCCGGAUCAUCAGCAAAGGCACCAAGGACUCUCCAUCCGUCUGCUCGAACCUGGCCGCCAAGCACAGCUUCUACAACAACAAGUGCCUGGUGCACAUCGUCCGCUCCACCUCCCUCAAGUACUCCAAGAUCCGCCAGUUCCAGGAGCACUUCCAGUUUGACGUGUGCCGCCAUGAGGUGCGCUACGGCUGCCUGCGGGAGGACAGCUGCCACUUCGCCCACAGCUUCAUUGAGCUCAAGGUGUGGCUGCUGCAGCAGUACUCAGGCAUGACCCAUGAAGACAUUGUCCAGGAAUCCAAGAAAUACUGGCAGCAGAUGGAGACGCACGCGGGGAAGGCCAACAGCAGCUUGGGCACCCCGCGGACACACGGACCCAGUACCUUUGACCUACAGAUGAAGUUCGUGUGUGGCCAGUGCUGGCGGAAUGGGCAGGUGGUGGAGCCAGACAAGGACCUCAAGUACUGCAGUGCCAAGGCCCGGCACUGCUGGACCAAGGAGCGGCGCGUCCUUCUGGUGAUGUCCAAAGCCAAGAGGAAGUGGGUGUCAGUGCGACCACUGCCAUCCAUCCGUAACUUCCCGCAGCAAUACGACCUCUGCAUCCAUGCGCAGAACGGUCGCAAAUGCCAGUACGUGGGGAAUUGCUCCUUCGCACACAGCCCCGAGGAAAGGGACAUGUGGACCUUCAUGAAGGAAAACAAGAUCCUGGACAUGCAGCAGACCUAUGACAUGUGGCUGAAGAAACAUAAUCCUGGAAAGCCAGGGGAGGGGACCCCGAUCAGCUCCCGGGAAGGAGAGAAGCCCAUCCAGAUGCCCACAGACUACGCAGACAUCAUGAUGGGGUACCACUGCUGGCUUUGCGGCAAGAACAGCAACAGCAAGAAGCAGUGGCAGCAGCACAUCCAGUCCGAGAAGCACAAGGAGAAGGUCUUCACGUCGGACAGCGACGCCAGCGGCUGGGCCUACCGCUUCCCCAUGGGCGAGUUCCGGCUCUGCGACAGGCUCCAGAAGGGCAAGGCCUGCCCAGAUGGGGACAAGUGCCGCUGUGCCCACGGGCAGGAGGAGCUCACCGAGUGGCUGGACCGGCGGGAGGUGCUGAAGCAGAAGCUGGCCAAAGCCCGCAAGGACAUGCUUCUGUGCCCACGGGACGAUGACUUCGGCAAGUACAACUUCCUGCUGCAAGAGGGUGGGGACACCACUGUCCCUGAAGCCCCUGCCACCACCGCUGCCGCCACCACUACCACCACCACCACCACCACUGGGGAGUAG